AAAAGGGAGAAUAGGCAUAGAUAAUCGGUGUCUUUACACUCAUUCGCGUCCUUAACUGCAUAAAGAUAUGAUCCGGAAAGCAGAUCAGUAUUUUUCCGCAACUAGAAUUCUAAUGCUUAUUAUCGGCUUAUGGCCCUAUCACCAAUCCAUCUUCACUACAUUUCAAUAUAUUUUCAUCUCUGUUAUAUUGACAACGUUUGUUGUAUUUCAGCUGACAACAUUUCUAACGUUAAAAUGUACAACAGAACACCUUGUAAAGGUUUUGUCUUCCAUAUCUUUAGACACUAUUUUUAUAAUAAAGUAUUACGUGUUCCAUUUUUACAUCGACGAUAUGAAGGAUUUACUGGUACAGCUUCAGCACGUACAUAACGAAUUAAAGGAUAAGAAUGAAAUUGCUAUCAUGAAAAAGUAUGACUACAUAGCGAAUUAUCACACGGUUAUACUUAUAAUAUUUGGAAUUUGUGUACUAUUUGCUAAUAUUAUAUUACAAUUUUGGAUAAAUAUGAUUGAUGUUGAUUUACCAAUGAACGUAUCUCAGCCAUAUCAGUUUGUCUUUACAAUGGAGUACUUCAUCGAUCAGGAAACGUAUUUUUACUUGAUUAUAUUGCACAUUAAUGCAACUGUUUGCAUUGGGACAAUUAUAAUAAUAGGAAGUGGUACAAUGCUCAUUACAUACAUGUACCAUACCUGUGGAAUGUUCAGAAUUGCUAGUUAUCGUAUUGAGCAUGCAAUAAAUACCAAUUUUCGAAGAAAUAUUAAUUUUGAGAAUAAGAUUACGAUGACCGAGGACACAAUUUGUGCCGUUGACAUUCAUCGACAAGCUAUAAAAUUGACCAAGCAUUUAAUGACAGUAAUGGAGUUCAUGAUGCUUUGUUUAAUUGCGUGUUGCGUGAUUUGCGUAAGCCUCAACUUGUUUCAAAUAGCUUUAUCUAAACGUGUUGAGAACUUUUUAGUGCCAUUAGGAUGUGCGUCAGUGUGUAUUAUGUACAUGUUUUUUUGCAAUCUUCAGGGGCAGAUUGUAACUGACCACUAUAAUCACAUAUUCACUGCUGCAUAUAACGUACAAUGGUACAAAACUCCUUUACAUAUGCAAAGAAUGAUAUUAUUCCUGCUGCAAAUAGGAAUCAAGGAAUAUUAUUUGAAUGUCGGUGGAGUAUUUGAUGCAUCUAUAGAGGGUUUCGCAAUGGUAACAUUUUGUGAUGUUGUAAUGAUAUGUUUUAGACUAAUAUUCUACAACAUGAAUGCAAUAAAAAAAGAAUGUUCAUAAUUACAGCUAGUCAAAGCCUCGAUAUCUUAUUUCACUGUCAUAUAUUCUACACAGUAAUGAAACAAAUAGAAUUGAAUAAUAUGGUGGGGAUGUGAUUAAAAACGUUCACGCUUAUUUACAACAGUAUUUUCGCUUAGAAAAUAUAGAAACUUAUAUUCAUUGCUAUAGAAAACUAUUGCAGUUAUUUAAAUC